CUUCCUUCUAUAUUAAGUUAAAUUUAGGGCGGAGCGCGAAAUGUGAUUUUUAUAAACUCCGCAUUUUCCUUUAUAGGAAUAUUUUUCAAUGGUUUAUUAGAUGUAUGUGCUAUGAUAUUUAUGACAUCUUGUUUAUUGAUCAAUAUAUUGCUAAAGUUUUGAUUUAUUAUGUAACUGCCUUUUUGUAUAAUUGCAUCUAUACGCUUUAUUUCCUGUUGUUUACAGUCGGCGAUUAUAAUUUGGCCUGCUGUUAUUCAAUUUUUUUGUCUCACAAAAUUGCCUACAUAAUUGUUCAAAUUUACUCUUGUUUAGAUAUACUUUUUAUAAGAGGUAAUAUAUAUUAUAGAUAUGGUUAUAGCUCUUCAUUAGCCCUUAAUUGUUUCUCUUUUUAAUGAUAUAAAGGUUAUGAAAAAUGUAUAUUAUAAUGCUUAUUAUUUAAUUUCUGAAGUUAUCAUGUAAAAACCUGUUUAACUGGCUUUUAUCUGGAAAGUCUCUUUGAUGCGUUUAGGCAUAAUACUUUCUCGCCUAUAGUGAUCGUUUGUCGUAUUUGUAUAUAGUAUAAUUGUGAUGGAACGUUAUAUAAUAAAGAAAAAUAAAAAGAGAAAGAAAAUAGAAAAGAGAAAGGGAACAAAAGGAAGUAUAGUUUAAGACUGUUUUUCUUAAUAAAAGAAAAAUAAAAUAAAAUAAAAAUAAAAAUUGAAGGUUAAAGAUUAUUUGUGUCUAAACAACUGCUUGUAUU